AUGGCUGACACUGACACGAAGACUGCGGUCUCUAAUGCCCAUGAUGACCUUACUCUUUCUACUGUGGUAGCGACUAGCGAGGAAUUGCUCCCGUUAUGGAAGCGCGUGUGGUACCAUAGUUUGACGCAGAUGCUGCUGCUGAGUGUGCAGGCUUUCUGUGGUCCGGCUAUGUCAGAUGCCAUUACUGGCCUUGGAGGUGGUGGUCUUGCAAGUCCUCAGGUAUCCAACAUCGCGAACGCCAUCCGAUAUGCUAUGCUUGCCAUCGUCUGCUUCCUGGGCGGCCCCAUCGUCAAUAAGAUCGGCGUCAAGUGGGCGCUCGUCAUCGGAUCUAUGUCCUUCCCUAUCGAGGGUUCCGCAUACUACUGCAACAGCAAGUUCGGCAUUCAGUGGUAUCUCAUCCUGAGCGGUGCGAUCGGUGGUGUCGGAACUGCUUGCUGGUACGUCGCCGAGGCUGGAGCCAUCAUGACGCUGGCUCCGUCCGGGGCCCGCGGGAAGUAUCUGGCUCUGUGGAUCGUGUCGCGGAACCUAGGGCAGCUGGUAGGGGGUGCCAUCAACCUAGCGAAGAACAACAAAGACGGCGCCAGCGGCGGCGUGACUGCCGACACUUUCAUCGCCUUCGUGAUCAUCGAAUGCAUUGCCCUACCAUUCGCCCUCAUGAUCAUUCCCUUCGAGCACGUCGUCCGCUCCGACGGUACCAAAAUUGUUACCUCCGAACCCCUGUCUAGUCGAGUCGAGCUCCGCCGUAUUGCAAAGACUAUGACCUCCAAGCUCAUCGUGCUGUCCGCCCUGUGGGCGCUGUGGUCCUUCUUCUACACCGGAACAUGGAGCACCUACCUAGGCACAUACUUCUCGGUGCGCGCCCGCGCCCUCUCCUCACUAAUCUCGCCCUUCUUCUGCAUGUACCCCGAAGAACCAACCUCUAAUCCUGGUCAAAACAGAAUCGGCUGCUUCGGACUAGGCUUCAUCCUCGACAUGAAGGGCGUAAGCCAGCGCCGCCGCGCCCAGAUCGGCCUGUAUAUAGUCGUGCUGCUGAACACCGGCGUGUAUAUCUGGUCGAUCGUGAUGCAGACGCGCUUCAACCGCCACAACCCGGGCAGCAUCGACUGGGAGGACGGCAGCCUAUACGCGCGGUCCUUUCUGCCCUAUUUCUUCGUCCAGACCACCGGCCCGCUGUCGCAGUCGUAUAUGUACUGGCUGCUGUCGUCGUUUGCGACGGAUGCGCAGGAAAAUGUCCGCAAUGGCGCGGCGUUCCGUUGCAUCGAGGCCAUCGGGCAGGCUGUGGCGUACGGCAUGAAUACCCAGACUACUAGUAGUCCGUUGGUCGGAUUCUGCGUGACGUUCGCCCUCCUGGGCGCGGCACUCGUGCCCAUGAUCAUGCUUGUCAACACCACGCCAGAUAGAAUUCCGGCCGACGUCAUUGCGGAGCAAAAUGCCGCCUGUGAGCAGAAGUUGAAUCGUGUGGAAGAUGCCUAA